GACGAGGCAUGAUCUAAAUUCAGUAUAUCAUUUUUUUGCCCACGAAAUCAUACCGACAAUCCGAACAGUAGCAGGUGCUUAUUGCUUUCACUUUGAUUUCUUAGAAAUAUCCAUCGCAAUAUUGGUUGUUAAUGCUGGUUCGAUUUUUAGUACAAAGAAAAUAUCCACAUAUCAAGCGACUUUCCAAAGCAUGACCGCCCCGCAAGCGACGCCGUUUUCUGCCCGUGUGCAGAAAGCACAGCAAGUCGCUGUUGCUUUGGCGCGCGACCUAUCAAAUGUAAAAAUAUCUGGGUCUGGAAGAAUCAUGCUGUUUCUGCAUGACGCAGAAGGUCUGGCAUGGAAGCUCUAGCAUCACAAGUUUCGAGAAGCUUCCGCAAUGCCGAAUCCGCAUGACAAAUUCACCACUUUGGUGACAGAAAGUGAGCAGCUUUUGCUGCAUAUGCAUAAGAGAUUUUUGUGUGUUCUGAAAUGCGCAUCACAAGUUACAUUCUUCCAGACCCAGACAUUUUUGCAAUCCAUACGACCCGACGAACCAAGAACUGUGGGCGACCCCGGACUUCUUGGACGAUAUGACUUGCUCAGAUGUUACGAUCUCAAGCGUUACAAUAGAAUCUGGAAAUCUGUGAUGCAAGAAGUGCAUGAUCUAGCCAAGUCUCAUAGGACUACGCAUGACAAGUUCCGGAGUCCCAAACUGCACUACAUUCGGCCGAAAUUUGUGUUGCAGAAAGUGGAAUGCUGUCCGAGUCUGUCAUGCUCAUCAUGCAAUACUCUAUUGUAACGUUUGAGGUUGUAACGUCUGAGCAGGUCAUAGACGACUGCCGCAUUUUUUCCGAUUGUCUUCCCGGCUUCACCGACGCAGAGCAGGUCUGGGCCUAUCUGGAGGAUUCCUGUAAAAGCGCCAAAUCCUGGAGGAAACGGUUCGCAAAGGCACUCACGGUAGACGAGGCUGCACUGCCGGCGCUCACCGAAGAAAAGGAAGCUCCGGUCGUGUCCAUCUCGUCGGCGAAAAUAAAAAAGCAGCACAGGGACGACGACCUUCCCAGCACAACAUCCUCAUCGUCCUCCACGACGAGCAGCAAGAAGAGAAAAAACGCGGCGGAGAGUCAUGAAGUAGAUGAAGCGGAUGCUGUCUUGGACGGUGUCCUGGCCCGAGAAGAGGCAAGAGCGACAAAAAAGAGCAAGAAACAGGAAAGAAACACGACAGCAGGAGCAGGUUCGAAACUAAAGUCGACUACACUUCUUCCGACCGACGAGGAGGACGCAGAGAAAUUGGAAGAAAAGCUUGCGAAAUCUUCUUCAGCAGGAGACCACGAUGAUGGCAACAAGAGUUCUUGUGACCACGACGCAUCCACGUCAACGAAGAGCAGAAAGAAGAAGAAAAACGCAGCGAACACCGGUGGUUCCAAACCCUCCGGCGCCCGGUUUUUCGGCGAGAUGGAGGACGAUGGGGACGACUCCAAUGUGGCGGGGGAACACAAAAAGAAGCACAGUAAACCAAAAUCCCAAGUGGACGACGAAUUUUUCUCCCUCGCGGACAUGCAGAAGUUUGCGGAGGAGGGGGAAAAAGCGUGGGCGAGAAUGAACGACAAUGAGUCCGAUUCGGACAACGCGGACGAGGACGAGGUGUACAAAAUGUUUUUCUCCAAGGACGUGGGCGAUGGAGAUGACAUCAUGUUCGACGAUUUUUUUGGCACCGGUGGCCGCGGACCAGGCGCGCAAAAUAAUAAAGCCUCAAGUUCAACAACAGCGAACAAGUAUGCAAAUUUGAGAACAACGGAUGACUUAAAGGAUUUAUCGGAGAAGGAGGCCACGGCAUCAAAAAUUGCGGCCUUGAAAGGUAGUUCUGGCAAGGACGACGAUGGUGCACGACCAGCUGUCGUCGACGACUCCUCUCCCACCGAAGAACAAAACAUGGAAGUAGACGAGGUGGCCGCCGUUGUAAGCGAAGACGGCUCGUCGGAAGAAGAAUUUUCAGACGAAAUGUCGGAAGAAGAGGAAGACUCUGAAGAGGAGGACGAGCUGAUUCGCAUGCGCCGCGAAAGGAAAAAGGCGGACGCGGCAAAGGAACAGAAAGCGAAGGCUUCUGUUGAAGGUGCACAAGUGGAACCUGACGCGAAGAAAGAGCAGAAAGGUCGUGAAGAGUCUGAUGAUGCCGAGCUGCCUACAGACGAUCUCGAAGACGAGGAAGAAGAAUUGUCCCUAGAGGAAGAAAUUUCCGACGAGGAAGAAGCAGUAGAGGGUAUGCUGGAAGACGCUGACGCUCUCGAAGAAGAUGGCGCGCCUGAUGAAAACGACAUUUCAGACGAAGAGCAACCCGAGAUGUCCUCGUCUUCCUCCUCCUCGUCUUGCAGCUGGGACAAAGACGCCGAGGAUGCGGGCAAAGCCCUGCCUUUUUCCGGCUUCGCUUCCGACGGGGAGGACUGCGAUUUGUCGGAUUUGGAUGCGGAAGACCGACAACUGGAAUUGGCUCUGAGAAAAGUCGGCAGAACCGCGGUCUACCGAGCGGGCGGAAAAAUGGACAACUUGCCGGAAUCGGACGAGGAUACGGACGCGGACGAAAAUGGUGGAAUGGAUGUGGAUAUGAACGAAGAGUCGUCUGUCAGUUCAAACCAGGCGAAGGCGAAUCUCGCGGUGAAAGACCGACGCAUCCAGGAUCUGGAGGAGGAGGUCGACAGACUCGAGCGGGAGGCACUGGCGCAAAAGCACUGGUCGCUGGGCGGGGAAGUCGCGGGAAAGCAGAGAGAGCGGAACUCGCUCCUAGAGUUGCAUUUGGACCUGCCCAUGACGCACUUUCAAUCCAAACGUAUAAAUUUGUGAUGCUUUUUUUUUGAUUACCUGUACGUCUACGUUUAGCUUAAGCUGCGGCCGUGGAUUCCAUUUUUUGCCCCACAUCAAGUGAUUUCCAAGACCUUAUGUCGCUUUUUGUACAACAAUGGGUAAUAUUAAUCAUACAACCACCAGGCACUCUGGACACUGCCAUCGCAACCGGGCAGCAGUUAGACGAGGAAGAGUCCGAUGAAGAGGGCAACAAGCCCCAGCAAUUUGACAUCGAGCAGAUAACCAAGCAGAGAGUCGCCGACAACCUAUUCGACGACGUGAUCCGUGUGGCGGACACCAGGCCAAGCACAACGAAGAAGGACGAGGAUCAGGAGGAGGUUCUGAACUUCGCUAAGUCCCGGGUGGGUCUUGCCGACAUCUACGCACAACAGUACGAAGAGGAGGUGUUUGGGCAAAAGUCAAAACAGGAAGAGAAAAUGUCGAAGGAGAAGUUGCUGUGCAAGGAACUGUUUGGCAAGGUAAAGCCUGAUUUCUUGUUUCCGGUUUUUGCGCUUCAAAUUUAGGUGUUGGGUAUGCGUUUCGACAUUGGAAUCAUGGAAGAUGUAAUAUUCCUCUACAAAAUGCGUUUAAGAUAAAGAUAAUUUUUACAUGCGGUUCAUCAACCUGCAUUGCAAAAAAAAAAUACGAACAGGUCAUGUACAAGCUGGAUCAGCUGUGCAACGCACAUUUCACUCCGAAGCCGGUAAGCUUGUGCACCAGCACGGCGAAAGCAAAUGUCUCCAGUAUGACGAUUGAAGAAGCCGUUCCUCUUGCAGUAAGCACCGCCGCGAUGACUGCACCGUCCGAGAUCCGCCGCGGAGACACUGUCAAGGUACUGGUUUAUAACCCUUUCAUCAUGUUUGUGUUUCUUUGCAUGGAUGACAGAGUCGUUUUUUUCCUUUAGGAUAAAUAUUUGCUGAAUGCGAUAAGCUUUUGGAAAAAUAAGUAAGUUGACGUCGUUUGCUCGUGAUGUUUAUUUCAAAACCUCUAUCAGACCCACGAUGAGCUUGAUCGCGAGGAGCUAAACGCGGUACGAAGAAGAAGGAAGGACCAGCGAAAGAAGGCACUCGAGGGCCACCUGAUUGAGGGCACGAAAACCGCAAAGGACUUGCAGGACCGGCAGACAGCCCUGGACAAAAAGAACCAAAUCGCGAAAGAGAAGAAGAACGCCAAGGGCAAGGUGAAAGAUAAAAAGAAAAAGUUGAAAAAUACCGAACUGCUCCAAAUGGCAGCCGACAAAACCCAGGCGGAAACCAGUCGAAAAGCGGACUUGAAGAAGUGGAAAGAGGGCAACACGGACACAGGAAAAGCGAAAGUGAGAAAGUCUAAAUUCUGACUUGGCCGAAAGCUAGUACCCUUGAAAGCGAUUGAAUUGUGAAGCGAACAACCUAAGGACAAGUACCAGACCUUUCGAAAAGAUUUUCUUCAUGCACUAUGCGAGUGCGAGCGUGCGCAAAUAUACGAAAAAAUGGAGGUUGAGGUAAGAAGUGCGUCAUCAGGUGAU